GGGCGUGUCUUGUCAGAAUGAACGAGCCCACUCUGAUGUUACAUUUAGUCCAGACGAGGUACAACACUAAACGCUCUUCCACAACUUUCUGUCGACUCAGGUUUUCUGGAGGAUAAGCGACCAACUUGCGUUUAAACAUUGAAUGUGGGGUCGUUUCGGGGGAGGGGAAAGUGUUACGCAGUAGGCUAGUGUUUUUCUUUAUCACCCAGUUUCAGAUAUUGUCCUUGAUAUUGGCCAACGCGCCUCUCUUGCCCCUUCUCUUGGGGUCGCGUUCGUCGGGGAUUGUUGUUAGUUCACCAAGGGGGUGUAGCCAUGGGGGAUGUUAUUUCCACUCACCUGGACGAGGGCAAGCGAGAGAUGAUUACAGCUCGUGCCAGGCAGGUGAUGGGGGAGUUUGGCCAUGUGUACAAGGAGCAGUAUGCUGUGGCCCUCUUUAACAGUGUCCGCUUUGAGAUCGAGGGGGGAGGAGGGCCCCAGUCACAGCUCCUGCACCGCAAGAAUCCUCUAGAAGACCACUCUAUCUUCUCUGGGGGUCUGUUCCAGUACUUGGAGGGGAACAAGAAAUGGAGAAACCGCUUUGUCUUCGUGGCCGACACAUAUGACGUUAGCUUCUACGAGAACAAAGUGGCUCACGAGAGGGGCUUGCACCCUAAAGGAACCAUCAACUGUGCUGGAUACAAAGCUCUGACCUCCAUGGAAGAGUACCUGGAUCUGGUCAGCACCAGCCUGCCAGGUGUAAAGGCUAAGGUGGGCAGUGGUCCAUUUGUCAAGGGUGCCACCCAGUUCCCCCUGAUCCUGUGGCACCCGUACGCCCGCCACCACUACUUCUGUGUGCUGACUGAGAAGGAGCAGACGAAGUGGCAUGCUGUGCUCCAGGACUGUGUCAGGCACAGCAACAAUGGUCUGUCAGAGGAGUGCAGGGUGCAGACCCCCGCCUUCACAGAUGCAGUGCGGCUCCACAGGCAGGCUCAGGGACACUACGGCACCUGGGACAUGAUGUGUGGAGGGCCACCACAGAUCCUAGCCAACUUAGUGAUGGAGACCCUCUACCCAGAGCUGAGGAAUCUGAUCGGUCCCCGUCUGAAGGGGAAGAUAAAACAGAGACAGAGGAACUGGAUGCUGAUCUCUGAGGCGGUGUAUAAGCAGGUGUUGUCUCAGACCCAGGCCCAAUACGAGGCUCUCGUCCAGGCCUGUGAGGUAGAGACGCCCCGUCUAGACGCCGCUCUACGCACAGACAUGGACCAGAUUAUCACCUCCAAGGAACACGUCAGCGGCAAGAUCCGCGCUCUGGUGUUGCCCAGGGCAGAGCAGCUCCUUCGGCGCAGCGUCCAGCCCUACGUCAGCUCCAUCCUGGAAGCCUUGAUGGAGCCCACCAGCAGAGGCUUCUCCGAGGUCCGAGACGUCUUCUUCAGAGAGCUGGUGGAGGUCAGCAAGAACACGCUCAACGGAGGGGGCAAGGACAAACUGGGGGAGCACAUGGAGAAGAUCUCUAUGCUGGCAUUCCACCCGGUGAAGAUGCAGAGCUGCUAUGAGAAGGUGGAGCAGCUGAGUCUGGAAGGGCUGCAGCAGAGAUUUGAUGUGUCCAGCCCCUCCGUGUUCGUCCAGAGGGCUCAGAUCCUCAUGAGAGAGCAAAUGGACAACGCUGUGUACACGUUCGAACAGCUGCUGCACCAGAGUCUGGAGGAAAAGGACCAGAGAGGAGAGAACCUGUGUAAGACCAUCCAAUGCUGCCAGGACAGAGUUCUUAAGAAAUAUGACUAUGACAGUAGCACGGUGCGUAAGAAGUUCUUCAGAGAGGCCCUGCUACAGAUCAUCAUCCCCUACAUGCUGAAGCAGCUGGCUCCCUCCUGCCAUCCGGACCUCCCUCCCUUCCAGGAGCUGAUCUUUGAGGACUUCUCCCGGUUCAUCCUGGUGGAGAACAUGUUUGAAGAGGUGGUGCUGCAGUCUGUCACCAAGGACAUCAUGAUGGCUGUGAAAGAGGCGGCAGUCCAGAAGAGACACAACCUGUACAGAGACAGCAUGAUCCUGACCAACAGCGACCCCGACCUCCACCUGCUGGGGGAGAGCCCCUCGGUAGACUGGGCCGCCCAGUUCGGUGGCGGGGAUGAGGAGUCUGACGAGUCCCCGGAAGGAUGUGGCCGGUCCAAAUGGCGGCGCAGGCAAGUGGUCUCCAUGAUCAAGCUGGACGGGAUGGGCCCGCUGCCCUACGAGUCGUGCUUGGAGGUGCCGGGGGUGGAUUUCAUCCCCGAGGAGGGGGAGAUGGAGGAGGGGGUGGAUUUCAUCCCCGAGGAAGAGGAAGAAGAGGAGGAGGAGGGAGCGACCCCCAUGGAACCAGAGCCAAAUUCCCCAGACAACGUGCAGGAGAUCCGUUACCUCAUCAAUCCGGUGGUGGAGAUGGUUGUCCCGGCCUCAGAGGAGGACUUGGCUGUUCUCACCAAUGGGACAGAGCCGGGGAUGCUGACGCUAGAGGGCGAAGAGGAGGAGGUGACGCUCAUCACCACCGUGGUGGAGGAGGUGCACAGGAAGUCACUGCAGUGGAAAAGUGCCCCACAGGAAGUGAGCAAGCAGCUGAUAGAAAGAGGUCCAGACCAGAAAGCUGAGGGGGAGCUUCAGGAAAAAGGGGAGGCAGCUUUUGAGGGCAAGGUAGAGGGCAUCAAGGAUGCCUUACAGGAAAUGGCGAUAAUGAUACAUGAGGAGAGGCAGGACCAGGUGGAGGCAGCCAUCGAGGGAGAAGAUGAGGCUAUCGAGAAUGCCAUACAGGAAAUAGAGAUGGCGGUACAGGAAGAGGACGAAGACAGGAUAACGGAGUGUGCCGUAGACUCUGACGCUGAGCUGGCCCCACCAUUGGCUGACUCCAGCCCCCGGCACCACGAUGACAGCGGCUUCCAGUCACUGACCAAUGAGGCCUUGGAUGAGGGCGAAGCUCAGCCAAUGAAGGAUGUUCUGAAAACAGAGGACUCUCUAACCGAUCCAGGUGAGGUUGAGGUGAUUGUGGAACAGGGAAACGCUGCACUUCACGACAACUCUGAGACCGGGGAGGACUCCGAAACUGAAAUUUUAUAUGACAUUUGAAUGGGAAGACAAGGGAGAAUAUUUCUUUUUUUUUUACCUCAUUCUCAUCUCCAGCACAAUACCAGUGUCAACAUACCAGAUGAUGUCAUCAAAAGUGACGUGGGGAGCAAGAAAAUUACCCUCCCUUCGGCUAGAAUCUUAUUGGAGGUUUUGAAAAUCCUUUUUCUGACUUUGAAUCUUACCCUGUGCUGUCACAGAUCAUAGAAAGGCAGCGUUUUCACAUGUAGACACUGGUAUGGUUCUAGAGAUGACGAAUAUGAGGUGGAAAAGUUACUUUACACUACAGAUGCCCAUGUGUAAGGGCCUUCAGGAUAUGUUCACAGAGAUGCAUGGCAGGAUAGAUGUGGAACACUUUAUGGUGCAUGGGUACACACUCACUGGUCAUUGCAUGACCUCUUACUGAGCACUAGGAGGCACUGUAAGCUGGCUUUUGACACAAACGGCUCUGUUUUACCUCUGUCAUGCCAUCUUACUGUAAUGGGCAUUGUCGAAAACAUAUCAUUAUAGAGAUUCAUCUGUCAUUGCAUUCAGGGCCUGGGAGCUCUGCUUUUUAACACGUUUUAACAAUGACUUGGCACACUAGUGUAUAAAAUCAGCCAGAGUGAUUUUGUCUUGAAAUAAGUUUAAGCCUCGUUUUUGAACCAUUUAAUUGUAAAUUUUCACAAGCAGCCUUCUGGUAUCUUUUCACAGUGCAUGACAAGGUUACUUCCUACUUUUCUGUCUGCUUCCAGUUGACUAACACAGUCACUAGUGUUAUCAUAGAUGCUUGAGGUCCUGCGUCAGCCACAGUGCCACUGCCAUGAGCACGUUUAGUUAUUACUAAAGGGACUUGCUCUGCUGAUAUCUUGUCUUGACUGUGACGCAUCAGAAUCUCUCGUCUGCGUGUGGGAGUGUGUUGUGUAGAUGGUUGACAGCACGCUAUGUACCUUGUCAUGAAGAGGCCUCUGUCAGUCUAAAUAAAAUGAAAAAUGAAGUUGGCUUUGAGUGCAGAUCCAUCACACCUUACUCUUUGUCCACAGUCUCCUCCGGCCCCACCAAGGGAAUAAACCAAGUCUAUAUUUGUUUAUUUUCCCCACUCUUCAAAAUGAGGGAAAUAUGAUUUUCUAUCCAUGCUAUGUUUAUGGCCACUGUAUAUAUUUGUUCUUAACCAGGCUGAGUUUGUAAUCUUGGGGAAAAUAGGUCCAUGUAUCUCCGUGACUUAGAAGGAUAGUUCACUCUGAACUACUCCUUUAAGAUGGAGUCCUUCUGUUUCCUUCCUCUAUUUAUGACAAAUACUCUGUAUGGUGCCCAAUGCUUUAUCCUCGGCUAUAGUCUUCAUUUUGUGUAAAGCCCUACGCAAGAGCUUUUUAUUGAUUAGUAAAUAUAUUGAUUUGAUAUGUUUUUUUUUUCUAUUUCUCAUCUAUCUCGACUAAAAUGGUAAACUGUUUAACCCAAUUAAGUACUUAAAAAAAUCUAAUUAAAUAUGUUAAAAGGUU